AUGUCUUUCAACCUGAUAGAAACUUUAUCUGCUAACACGUUUGAUAAUGUCCCGUCUCUUCGUGAGAUUUAUCUUGGAAACAUGCUAACCAGUGUCAUAACACUAAAUGGGGUGUUUAAUCGCACCAAGAAUCUCGUCAAGUUAAGUCUAUCUUCUACAGAGAUAACAUCGCUGAGUCCCUCCGAUCAGUUUACAGGCGCGGUAUCUCUGGAGGAACUUUCCAUGUGUGAGAAUAACAUUGGGAUUGAAAACCUAUUCAACAGUGCCACAAAUUCGUCUCUCUUUAAAGGUUUAACAUCCCUCAGGAAACUGACCCUCAGAGAAAACCAUCUAAUGCAUCUAGUACCUGGAGUUUUCCGACCUCUCAUCGCGCUUCAUUCUUUGGAUCUAUCCAACUCCAAAAUUGAAACUUUGGAACCAGAAAGUUUUAGUGGAUUGACGUCUCUGAGGAAUCUGUACCUUAAUGAUAAUUGUAUCAAACGUAUCUCUGCUGAUACAUUCUCUGGAUUGGGGAACCUUGACGUAUCCCUUUUCCUUAGGAAAUCGAAAAUUGAAACUUUGGAACCAGAAAGUUUUAGUGGAUUGACGUCUCUGAGGAGUCUGUACCUUAAUGAUAAUUGUAUCAAACGUAUCUCUGCUGAUACAUUCUCUGGAUUGGAUAACCUCACAUCCCUUUACAUUAACAACAACUUGUUAAGAUUUCUAGACAAACGCAUCUUUGUAGCAACCCCCAAUCUACAUAUACUCUCAUUGUCGAACAACAUCAUUAGAACUGUGCAAAAGGGUACAUUCUUCCCAAAGAGCAAUGUUACGUUUUUCCUAGACAUUUCAGGAAAUCCUCUCUCUUGCAACUGUGAGUUGAGUUGGUUUCGAACUUGGCUCAACGAACACACCACAAGCAUUCUUCAUCUUCAGGAAACCGUAUGUUCAAAGGGAUCCUUCGAAACCGUGGUUGGCAAGCCCAUCUUAGAAUUUGACCCAACCAAUAUAUGUGGUUUUAAUACCAUACCCAUCACCAGUUUAACCCUUUUCACAUUUAUCGUUAUUUAUCUGUCUUUGCUGGUUUAUCACAAACGGUCGUGGCUGAGAAUCAAGUUUAUGUUUCUGAAACAAGCCAUCCGUGGUUCAGGAAGGAUAGUGGAAAAUUUCAAGGAUGAAAAUUAUGACUUUCACCUCAACAUCAUGUUCCAUGAUGGGGAAGAGGAAUGGAUGGAUCAAGUCAUGAAACCCGUCCUGGCGGAGAGGUUCCCUAAUAUAAAGAAAAUAAUCUACGGAGAUGGGGAACUCCGCAAGGAAAUGUUCUACAUCAAUGCAAUAUAUGACGCAAUUGAGAACAGCUUCAAGACUGUACUGCUGAUAAGCAACCGUUCUCUGCGUGAUAUCUGGUGCAUUACGAAACUCCGUCUGGCACUUGAGCACGUCAGUGACACCGGAUUGGACAAAUUCAUACUGAUCUUUAUAGAAGACAUCGAGGAAGAUGACAUGCCCUCUCUCAUCCAGGUAUUUCUGAGUGAGAACAAACCUCAUAUGUGGUGGACCGGAGACGAAGACGAACAAGAAAUAUUUUGGGCUCAGUUCCACAGAAGCAUGAAGGCAAAUAGGGCUGUAACCAAUGCUAUCCCCCUUUAUUUAUAGAAUAGGCCUUUGGUGAUUUGAAUCAAUGUGCUGUUUCUAGUAGCUACAUCACUGACUCAUCACACUCAAGAUACAUGAAAUGGGUGAUUGGUGGGUUCCACAAGGGUAUGUCUUCGGUCCAAUUUCCUUUUAUUUUAUUUUUGUUUACUCAUGGGGCCUGUUCCAGAAAGGAAUGCGUUUUACACAACUUUAACAUCACAUGCAAGUCAGACAUGAGCGCAUCUGACUGGUUAAAAAUAAAGGUGCUUUUAAUUGCAACUCUCUCUGCAAUUGUUCACUGAUCAAAAAUUGAUUACUUGUUUUUUUCAUUUUGCUAUGGAUUUGCUGGUGAUUACAUUCUCCUCUAUAAAUGCGGAGGAUACCAUAAAGGGUGUAUUUCGAUUUUAGAUGAUAGUUUAUUUACCAAUGCAUGAUUGAUG